GGGAAAGUGCAUUUGCAGGUUAGCUAUGAACAAAUCAAGACUUUAUUGGCAAUGGAAGACCUCAAUGUAUCAACAGAAGGCUUGGGUUGGAAAAGUAACUCAUCAGACAGUGCUCCUGUUGAGAUAGACUCAUCGGCAUGCACCAGAGGAGACAGAACACAUGAACCAGGAAGUUGGAGAUCCUUCACCGAAAAAAGAGCAGGGUCUCACUCUGAAACUAAUGGCAGCCAGACACUAACACCGCCAAGUUGUGAAACUAUUGCAGGAACAAAGCAACCACGUAAUGACGAGUCUUUACUUGAUGAGUGUCCUUCAGUGAAACAUCACAAAGCCAAUGAAGGAGAGAACUGUCUUGAUGGAUUAGAGGCAACAGAAAGCACUAUACUAGAGUGGAUUGCAGAACACGAUGGGGUUUUAUUGUCUGAAAUCACUGACCAUUUUGGAGGAUCAGAGAGAGAGUUUAUUGUCAACCUCGUGGGAUGUCUUGAAGGGAAAUAUGUUAUAUUUAAGAAGAACGAUAUGUACAGAGCUUUAUAAAUGUAGGAAGUAGAAAGAACAGAGCAACUCUGACCAGACUUCAGUGUAUGUUAUCGACAGCCUAGCAAUAGAAGUUAGGAUUAUUGUGAUAUUGUUGAGCUCCAUUUCAUGAGCAAAUGCCAGAUCCUAUCUCCAAUUUAUCAUGCCUUUACAACCCCCUCGAGCUCCAUUCUUAACUUCCUGUCGCUGAUGGUUGAAAGGGACUAUGAAUUCCAUGAUUUCGGUUUUAGUUGUGGUUAUACAUAACUCAAAAUUUUGAGGUAAAGCAAAGACAUUGUUUGCAUCAAACUCAAUAGUUGUAUCUUUGUUUAGUUAUGGAUGCAAAAGCUAUGCAUGUAUACCUUUAAUAUUUUGUUUGGCGAUCAAUGAAAUUGGAUUUGGACCUUCA